AAGGAAAUAAAUUUCGCCAACCGAGAUUAACUGAUGCCAUGGAGCAACUGAUAAGAGGGUUGGAGAAGAAUGGUCAAAUAAGUCUCAGCGAUUCGUCAUGUGAAGCAGAGCUCCAAGAACUAAUGAAACAGAUUGAUAUAAUGGUGAACCGCAAAAAAGUGGAUUGGGAACGACAAUCACAAGUCUUGGAAACCCGUCUUGAGGUGCGAGAGCAGGAACUGACCAAUGCACGCACUUGCCUUGAUCAAAAACAUCGAGAGGUGGGAAUGCUUCGUCAGCAAUUGGAAGGCUUUGAAAGAUCUCACAGAGCAAUGGUGCAGAAGUAUGAAGAACAGCUGAACAACUUUAAAUCUGAACUAUACAAACUGCGUAACAGUUAUGAGAAACUAGAGAAGCACCAAAUGAAGCAAAGAAGAGAGUCCUAUAGUGCACAGAAUGGUGAGAGUGAAGAAACACGCUUAGAACUGAACAGGCUCAACAGAAAGCUUGAGGAAUUCAGGGUUAAAUCCAGGGAAUGGGAUAAGCAAAGAUUUAUCUAUCAAUCGCAGAUGGCUUCUCUGGAGGGUCAGCGAAAAGCACUGAGUGAAAAAUGUGAAUGUAUUCAGCAGAUCCAAGGUCACAAAGACCAGUGGAUUAGCAGAAAUGCAACGGACCUUGGUGAAUCAGAAAUUAGAAAUUUAAAAUGUCGAAUGAAGAGUGCUGAAGAGACUAUCAGGAGUGAUGAGGCCACCAUUGAAGAAUUGAAAACUACUAUUGAAAAUAUGACCACGAACAAGAAAUUAUAUCAAGAGGAAAAGCAGCAUCUACUAGAGGAAAUUAAAUGUUACCAAAGGAGGUGUCAGAAUCUGGAGUCAGAACUUUCAGAGUUGAAAAUAGAGUUGCAGUCACGGGAUGAUCUGCUCCAAGUGGGUGACAUGGAACAAAAACAGCUGAGGAAGGAGCUAGCCAGUGUCAAAGGAGUUAUAACACAGACAACAAAUAUGAACAGGACACUGGAAACCUGCUCACAGAAGCUGGCGACUAGCUCAUUAGUCAACAAUCUUAAAACAGAACUGGAACACACUUUGAAACAGCUUCAGGGAAAGAUUAAAAAUGAAACAAUGCUGCAGUCAGAGGUUACCAGAUUAAAGGCAGGGCUUGAUUCAUCCCAUAAAUAUUCCAUGCAGAAGAAUGACGAGCUCAGCAAAAAUGAGGAAGAGCUACGGAGAUUGCAGCAUGAGCAUACACAAGGGGACAGAGAAAUCAAUAGACUGAGAGACUCUUUGUAUCAGAUGGAACAGUCACAAAGUUCUGAGAUUGAGGGAUUUAGAACCGAGGUCUCCAACCUGACUGCAGAGCUCCAUCAAAGAGACAUUACUAUAGCAACUGUCAGAGAAAAAGCUGCUCAUCUUGAAAGGCAACUCAAAAUUGAGCUGGAGAAAGAAGAACAAAUAUUUUCUGAAUCGCAGGUGGCUAUGAUCCAGCUUCAGUCCCUUAAAGUUGAGAAUAAACAGAUGAAGGAAAUGGUGAAAAUGUUUGAGGUUAAAAGACCUAUGAGAGCAGAUGAACAAGUCAAAGAGUUGCAAAACACCUAUGCAGCCUCUAUCAGUAAAUUGGAGUAUGAGAACAAAAGGUUACAGAAAGACAUAGGCAAACUACAGGCAGUGCUGGAAAUGUCUUCUAAGGCUAGCCAGGAAAAAUAUGAGGCAGCACUCCGCCAUACACAGCAGGCUGUAGCAGAGAUGAAGGAACAUGAAGAUGGGAGGGUUAAAAAACUGCGACAAGAAAAUCAACAGCAAAUGUCAGCCAUGAAAGGCAAACUGAAGGAAACUAUACAACAUUACGAGGAGAAAAUUAAGGUCUUCCAGAAGGACAACCCCAAUCACAAUAAUUUGGAGAUUUUCUCACCUCGAUUUAUAGAGCAAGAAAAUGUAGAGUCCUCAUUGAAAAGGCGGCCAACAUCUACUGAAUGGUCUUCAGACUGUGGUUGUUUUUUCCAUAGCACUGAUCUUUUAAGUGAACAAUUUCCUGACGUAAACAUGUCUGGUAUUUCCCUGACAUCUACUCAUCGGGAUAGUUUCAUGUCAAUGCCUCCCACAGAGAUGUCAGACACUACAUCAGUAGCAGAGCGGUUCCUUCACGAAGAAGAAAAACGCGCCAGAGAGUUGGAAAAAAUGUUGAAUUCCCACAUUGAUGAGUUGCAGCACAGUUCAAAAUGUACAGUUGAGACAUACACUGAAGCUAAACAAGGUGGACACUCUGCACCUUCAUGGCGUUAAUGCACUUGUCACAAAAUCAGAAGUACUGUGAAUGUCUUGAGAUUAGUAUA